GUGCGAGGCGGUGCGCAGGCGGGGCCCGGCCGGAGACGUCAUUUCCGCUUGUGUCGCGGUGCGGAGCGGAGCUGUGCGUGGAGCGGGACGGGACGGGACAAUGCCUAAAUCAAAGGAACUUGUGUCUUCAAGCUCAUCUGCAAGUGAUUCAGAUAGUGAAGUUGACAAAAAGGCGAAGAGGAAAAAGCAAGCAGCUCCAGAAAAACCUGUAAAGAAACAAAAGACUGGCGAAAGUUCUAAAGGCGCAGCUUCCUCUAAGCAAAGCAGUAACAGAGAUGAGAAUAUGUUUCAGAUUGGCAAAAUGAGGUAUGUGAGCGUUCGUGACUUUAAAGGGAAAGUCCUAAUUGAUAUUAGGGAAUACUGGAUGGAUCAAGAAGGUGAAAUGAAACCUGGUAGAAAAGGUAUUUCUUUAAAUCCAGAACAGUGGAACCAGCUGAAGGAACAGAUUUCUGAUAUUGAUGAUGCAGUAAGAAAACUGUAAAGAAAGAGCCAUACAGAAACCUUUAUUGUUUUAGUUGUUUUUAGCAGUCUUUUUACAUUGGCUUUUGUUUUCUAAAAUAUUUGUUUUCCAAGCUAUUGUAUAUUUGGAUUGCAAAACAGUUUGUAAGAUGAAUACUUUUUUUAUGUGCAUUAAAAGUGUAUUCUGAGUGAGGCUAUUUGUGUAUACUUUAUUGAAAAGAAAUGUGUUGCUUUCACCUCUUGGUGUAAAAUAAAAACAAAUCAAGUGAUACCAUGUAAAACUUGGCUCUUUGUGGCCUUUUUAAUUGAAAAUGCUGUAUAAGGCCAACUAACAGUUUUUAGUAUCCUUUCAUUUUACUUUCAGUUCAUUUUAACAGUAUGAACGAGCUUUAUGAACAGACCUUUAAAAUGUUUUCUUUAUAAUUUUUACUUUGUCCUUCAUCCUCUCACCCCCAAAAAGUUAUGAUUUAUUUGAAUUAAGGUUCUCAAUGGAAACAUUGACUAGUUAAAGUACAAUUUAAAUACUGUAUUUGAUAAUUGUCCACAUUAUGUAUUUGGAUGUAAAUAUACCCAGUAUAUAGACUUUCUGCAUUACUUGCAUGAAGUAUUGCACUACAUGCAUAUACAAUUUCUGUACAGUAACACUUGAAUACCAGCUACAUUAUUUCUCCCAUUUUUAUAGCUUGCUUGACGUACUAUAUUUAGCCUUUAUUUGUGGACAUGAGGUGUUAGUAUGGUAUAUAUGUAAUCUUAAGUAAUACCUCAGAAUAGGUAUUUACCUCAGAAUAGGUUUUAAUGAGAUUGUAUUAAAAAAAAAA